UUGCGACGGACGUCGAUAGAGCAGAGAGAGAGAGGCAGAGCAGCCGUUAGAAUUAAGAGCACACACUCUCUCGAUUCCGAUUUUAAAGAAACCAUACCUACCUCUAUUUGUUAAUCCCACUGUUGGGUUUUUUGGGUUUCGCUUUUGAUUUGACAACAAAUAUGGCGGAUUUGGAUUUGGAUUUGGAGCAGCAGAAGAAGAGUAGAAAAAGAGAAAGAGAUGAAGCGAAGAAGAAGAUACUAAAGAAGCUAGCAAUUAAGCAAGAGAAGGAAUCGAUCUUAAUCCACGACGAACCGAAUCAGAAGAAGAAGAAUAAGAAGAACAAGGAUGUGAAUGUUGUGAAGUCAAAAGAAGAAGAAGAAGAAGAAGACAAUGGCCAAGAGGAAGAAGAAGAAGAAGAAGAAGAAGAAGAAGAAGAAGAAGAAGAAAAAGGGGAGGAAACUAGUGGGAAUGGUAUAAUGACUGGUGAAACGUUCGAGUCAUUGAAUUUAUCUGAUAAAACUUUAAAAUCUAUCAAAGAGCUGGGCUUCAAAUUCUUGACUGAGAUACAAGCUAAAGCAAUUCCACCAUUGAUGCAAGGAGAAGAUUUGCUUGGAGCUGCCAGGACUGGUUCUGGUAAAACCUUAGCUUUUCUUAUUCCUGCUAUUGAGCUUCUUUACAAUGUCAGCUUUACUCCUCGCAACGGUACUGGUGUUAUCAUCAUUUGCCCAACUAGAGAGCUUGCUAUUCAGUCUUUUUUAGUAGCCAAAGAGCUUCUCAAGUAUCAUUCACAGACUGUGGGAAAGGUUAUUGGCGGUGAGAACAGAAAGAAAGAAACUGAGAUUCUUGUCAAAGGUGUUAAUUUGUUAGUAGCUACCCCUGGUAGACUUCUUGACCACCUUCAAAACACUAAUGGUUUUGUAUUCAAGAACUUGAAGUAUCUUGUAAUGGAUGAGGCUGAUAGGAUCUUGGAACAGAACUUUGAAGAAGACCUGAAGAAGAUUAUCAAGAUUUUACCAAUGACAAGGCAGACGUCCCUGUUUUCGGCCACACAGACUUCCCAGGUUAAGGAUCUGGCUCGGGUGUCACUUAAAGAACAUGAACAUGUUUAUAUCGAUGUGGAUGAAGGACGAAAAGAGGUUACAAAUGAAGGCUUGGAGCAAGGUUAUUGUGUUGUGCCAAGUGCUAAGCGAUUAAUUUUUUUACUGACCUUCUUGAAGAGGUUCCUUGGGAAAAAGAAAAUCAUGGUGUUUUUCUCUACAUGCAAAUCGACAAAGUUCCAUGCGGAACUCUUUCGAUAUAUCAAAUUAGAUUGCCUUGAAAUCCGUAGAGGGAUGGACCAGACCAAACGAAGCUCAAUAUUUUUCCAAUUUAAUAAAGCGGAAACGGGUAUUCUGUUGUGUACUGAUGUUGCUUCCCGUGGUCUUGAUAUUCCCCAUGUGGACUGGAUUGUGCAGUAUGAUCCCCCUGAAGACGCUAAGACGUAUAUUCAUAGAGUUGGUAGAACCGCUCGUGGUGAAGGAGCAAAAGGAAAGGCUCUGCUUGUCUUAACUCCAAAUGAGUUGCAAUUUAUUUGGCAUCUCAAGGCGGAAAAAAUUCCCGUUGAGCAACAUGAAUUUGAAGAAGGGAAAUUGCUCAAUGUGAAAUCUUUUCUGGUAAAAUAUUUUUGCUCUUUCUUAAAAGGUUUACUACACUGA